AAACGCGGCGUUUUGCCGCGCGGACCAAUCGGCGCGCAGCGGGCGGGCGGCCAUGGCAGUGGGCGGGCCGGGGCGGCUCCUCCCGGCUGGCGGCGGCGAAGAUGGCAGAUUUCCUGAAGGGGCUCCCCGUGUACAACAAGAGCAACUUCAGCAGGUUCCAUGCGGAUUCCGUCUGCAAGGCUUCCAACCGCCGGCCCUCGGUGUAUUUGCCCACCAGAGAAUUCCCCUCGGAACAGAUUAUCGUGACAGAAAAGACAAACAUCCUCCUGCGCUACCUCCACCAGCAGUGGGACAAAAAGAAUGCCGCCAAGAAGCGGGACCAGGAGCAGGGCGAGCUGGAGGGCGAGAACUCGGCGCCGCCGCGGAAAAUCGCCCGGACCGGCAGCCAGGACAUGACCGAGGACACUUAAACCCCCAAAACCUGGGAAUUGAGGAAUUCCCAAAGCUCUUCCUGCUCUGUGUCACACCCCCCUGACUCCCAUUCCCAAACAAUUCCCAGGAGUUCUGCCCUA